CAUGGUUGCAGAAUAAACUUGCAGACAUCUGACUCCCUUCUCCUUGGCCUCUGCUGAUUUUCUUUACUGGAAAUGUUCCGGUUCUAGGGGAAUAGGUGACAGACCCUGCAUAGCUCCACAUCUGAUUGUGUAUCCAAAGCUGCAUGAGAGAGUAGGAGGGAACUGAAGUAGAAGCUCAGCAGAACUCUGUAAACUGUUUGCUAGGAGGCUGCGGGCUGGGCUUCUCAGACCUCUAGGACUACAGCAGCACAAGCUAUUGCCUCAUAAGUCAGGCUGCUGGGGCCCCCCGACAUGGAAACAAAGUAACACAGGAUCAGACGUCACCUGCCCUUCAUUCAACAUCACCUAGAAGUGUCCUGUGCGACCAUCUACUGUGCCAACAUGAAAGACGACUUUGCAGAAGAAGAGGAGGUACAGUCAUUUGGAUACAAGAGGUUUGGUAUACAGGAAGGAACACAAUGUACAAAGUGUAAAAAUAACUGGGCACUGAAGUUUUCUAUCAUAUUGCUGUAUGUUCUGUGUGCGCUGCUAACGAUCACAGUCUCUAUACUGGGAUACAAAGUUGUAGAAAGGAUGGAUGGGGUGACGGAUGACAUGGAAAUGUCACACAGGGGCUACUCAAAGCAACUUACUGACGUGGAAGUGAAUUUGAAGAAAUUAGAUGAUCAAGCGGGAUUAAAAUCAGUCUCUACCAAUAGCGAGCUUUCAAGUGUUAGGUCAGACAUUGCCACCAUCCGCCAGCAACUGCGGGAAAUCACAGAGAAAACAACGCGAAACAAAGACACUUUAGAAAAGUUGCAGGAAGCUGGAGAUUUACUAGAUGCAAAGCAAAGCCAAAUGAAAACUGUGCUGGACAGCAACUCCUUAAUGAUCAAUGGUCUAAAUCACACCUUACUGGCAUAUAAUACCUAUGUCUCCAGUUUACAGCAGGAUACAAACAGUCUACAGACAAGCCUGCAAAACCAAAUGCAGUUAAGCAGUAUGAUCAUAAUGAAUAUCAGUAACCUAAAUGUUACACAGAUUCAACAGAGGACUGCCAUAAGUGCUUUGCAGAGAUCUGUUGACGAUACAAGCCAAGCUAUUCAAAAGAUCAAGAAUGAUUUUCAAAGUUUGCAGCAAGCCGUCCUCCAGACCCGGAAAGACACCGAAUGGCUCAAAGACAGGGUGCAAAACCUGCAGAAUAUUGCUGCAAAUAAUACAGCUUUUGUGAAAGCCAACAACGAGACUCUGGAAGACAUGAGCAGUCAACUAAAUACCCUUGGAACACAAAUUGACAAUGUCACUGUGAUUGCACAAAGUAAUGAGCAAAGUCUCAAGGACCUUCAGGAUUACCAUAAACAGUAUGAAAACAGAACCAAUUCCAAGAUUAACCAUUUAGAGGAGCGUUUUCAGAAAUUUGAAGUAGAUAUAGUUAGCAUUAUUAGCAACAUUAGCUACACUGCUCUACAUCUAAGGACGCUGACUAGCAACCUCAAUGAUGUUAGGACAAGCUGCACUGAAAUACUGAGUAAGCAUACGGAUGAUCUGGUUAAUCUAAACAACUCACUAGGCAACAUGCAGAUAGACACGACUUCUCUAAGGAUGCAGCAAGAUUUCAUGAGAAUGAGAUUAGAUAAUGAAGUUGGCAAUUUAUCGAUUAUUAUGGAAGAAAUGAAAGUAGUGGAUUCAAAGCACGGACAACUUAUCAAGAACUUCACCAUCUUACAAGGACCUCCAGGUCCAAGAGGACCUAAAGGUGAAAGAGGGUCUCCAGGAUUUUCAGGGCCAAUUGGACCAAAAGGACAGACAGGAGAAAAAGGAGAACCAGGACCACCUGGUCCUGUAGGUGAAAAAGGGCCACCUGGACCCAUUGGCCCUCCAGGAGACAAGGGUUCAAAGGGCUCAAGAGGUUCACAAGGCAACAAAGGACAGAGAGGGUCUCCAGGAAAAUCUGGUGAAACUGGACCAAAAGGAGAACCAGGGCCUCAAGGACCACCUGGAAAUAAUGGAAUACCUGGACCUUCUGGUCCACCAGGUCCACAGGGGGAAAAAGGAGUCAAUGGGGAACCUGGAGCUCCAGGAAUUAGAGGGUCACCUGGACCUCCAGGAAUACCUGGAUUACGUGGAUUCCCUGGACCUAGAGGUCCUCCAGGGCCUCCUGCAGAUUUGGGAAGUUCUUUAGCAUUUAAUCAGUCUCCUUCAGCAGAAGUUAUGCUUGAACCGGUGGUGACUGGUUGUCCUCUGGCGUGGAAGAACUUUUCUGAAAAUUGUUACUACUUCUCAACUGGAAAAGAUAUAUUUGAUGAUGCCAAACUGAUCUGUGAAGAAAAGGCAGCUAUGUUAGUUGUGAUUGAAACCCAAGCAGAACAACAAUUUUUGAAAAAACAAACAACUGGAAGUGGAAACUUCUGGAUAGGUCUCACAGAUACUGAGGAAGAAGGUACAUGGAAAUGGCUGGAUGGUACUAUUCCAAACUACAAAAACUGGAAGGAAGGACAACCCGACAAUUGGUCUCAUCAAACUGGACCAGGAGAAGAUUGCGCUGGCUUAAUAUAUUCAGGGUUGUGGAAUGACUUUCACUGUCAAGACUACAAUAAUUUCAUUUGUGAGAAACCCAUGGAUAAAACUCAGUUACCUGACGUCUCAUAGCUUCUGAGAGGGGGCGAAAGGGGCACAGAAUGCCAAAAUGAAUUAGAAGAACAACUUGUACACCACAAAAUGUAUUGGACAAUGGAUAACAUUGCACCAGUAAUGGACCAAAGACUGGUUUGAGGACUACUAGAAAUUCAGUGCCAGGAGUUUUUUUUUUUAAAUGCUGCCGGAGUAGACUGUGGAUUCAGAGCACUGAGAGAAAACUACCAAUAUCUUCAGAAAUGUUUCAUUCCCUACCUGGCUGCAAUUGUUCUAUUCCCUAUUCAUGCAGUACUAGCCUUUAACAUGAUGAAAUAUUUCAAGAUAUGUUUUGACAUCUUUAUUCAAACGAGUUUCUCUUAGUAAAUUCCAAAAUGCCUUAUAGAGAACUUAACAAUACAGGUAUAUAUAGUGCAAUUUUUUUUUCUAUCAGAAUAUAGUUUUUAAAGCUUUUUUCAAAACAUUGUAUUUUUGUACAAAACAUUAUCGUGUUAUAUUUUUUUUACUCGUAUAUUUAGAAUACCGACACCAAACAAAAACAGCAAUGGUACAUGCAUUAUUCAUACAGUAAUUAGUCAAAGAAGAAUGUUAUCAAACAUAUGUAUUUCUCAUAAGCUGACCUUUUUAUAGAUUCAUAUUUUCGUAUUUGUCAUUUUAUGUUACCAUAAUAUGGACAGUUCUGCGCAGGCUAAAAUAGUUCAAAUAGUUAUGCUUCAUCUGGUGUGUUGUUAAACUGAAGAUCCUGGAGGAACCAGAGAAAUAAACGACAUUAGAUGCAAGAUACGUACCAGCUAUUCCUCUACGCUGACCAAAACUUUUGCCCGGGAGCAGAACUUGAGGAGACUUUCCAUCUUGUGAUUUGUCUUUACUAAAUAAGUGGAGAUGAUUACAAGAUUCCAAUGCUAAGAUACAGCUUCACCUGUGGAACUCUCACUUCCUGCACUUUGCUAUAUAUUGUCAUUUUUAGAAUCCUUCGACCCUUUGGAAUGAAUGAAUGUUGGAUGGAGUUGAUGUCUUUUUACAACAAUGUCAGUAAAAAUUACAUUCAAACUA